AUGGCCACGACGAUAUCGCGCAUGGCCGCGGGCUCCACGCGGAACUCCACGCACUGCGCGGGCGGCGCGGGGCGCGGGGAAGCGCGUGUAGGUGCCGUCCCAGGAGCAGUUGAGCGCGAAGCCGCGCAGGGCGGCGGCGGGGCGCGGCGGCGGCCCCCAGUGCCGCAGCCCCCACUGCAGCAGCACGCUGCCGUUCCGCAGCACGUUGGCCACCAGCGCACCGCCCGCGGAGCGGUGGGCGCGGCACCCCCGCGCCGAGCACUGGAAGCCGCGGGCCGGCGGGCGGAAGCAGAGCCGCGCCGCCUCCGCGCCAUCGCCGCCCACCUUGUAGGGGCACCACGGCUCGUCGGAGUCGCGGUCGGGGUCGGGGUUGGGGUCAGCGACCCCAAGGCACAGCAGGGCGAGCAGCGGAGGCAGCAGGCUGGGCGUGCCGGGCAUGCCGGAGGCCGCCGCAUGGAGACUCGGAGCGCGGGGCCGGCGGACGCGCGGGGAGAGCGCGGGCUCCGCAGCCGCCGCGGGGCCGCCAAUGGAGAGGCGGUGCCGCCGUUAACUCUCGCCGGGCUGCGGAGCACCCGCCCGCUGCGGCCGCUGGUGGCCGCCCGGACACGGCUCCCGGGGCUCCGCGCGGCGCACGGAGCGCACGACCAGCCCUCCAUCCAUCCAUCCAUCCAUCCAUCCCUGGAUCUGGAGUCAGCAGUUGAUUUGCAGUACAGGUGGAGACAGCAGUGCUCCAUCCCAGCAUUACACCGUAAUUAAUGUUCUCUGAACGACCUUGAGAGAGGUACACGGGAGAAUGUGGAAAAUGUCCACAUUUGUGUAAAUGUGGAAAGAAAAGAGCUCUAAUGAAACAAAAAUACAGGCUUAAGCAGAAUUUGGAGAUCUUUCAAGCUGUUAAAUUGGUAGAAGUUGCUUUUAGUCCUUUCUUUUCUAGCAGAAAAAAACCCACAUUUAUUUUUGUUUGUUUUGAUCACAUUUUGCAUAGAGUUGUGUUCUAGAUUUUAUAGCAAAAUAUAAGCAUUGUCUAUAUUUAACUUGUAAAAUAGAAUAAUUAACAUAUUAUUUUGUUAAAACCCUCAGAAAUGUGCCUAAACACAUUGCUGUAGUUCUUCACUGUGUUACCUAUUCAGAAACAUGCUGAAUUUGCAGUUUACUGUUUAUGUUUUCUUUUAAAAAAAAAAUUGAAUUAUCUAAGUUGAAAACACAACAAAAAUAAGAUCCCGAGGUCUACUUUUAUUUCACAGCCUGAACAAGACCAAACCUAAAUCAUACCUGGAAGGUGAUGCUUGCAUAUACUCAAAGUGUAAUUUGCAGCAGUGUGGAAUUUGUUUUAAAAAUUUUGCUUUCUAAUGCACUGAACAUGAAUGAUCUGACAUCAGGACA